GAUGGCAUAAGACGGCAGUCGCUUCAAGACAUCCGUAGAGAAUAGACACAUCAUUGUAGUAAUUAUAUUAUUAGUUACAAUGUGGAUAAAAACAUUAUUAUAUAGUAUUUUGUUCUUACAUAUUUGCAGAGAGGUAUCAAGCAGAGAAUGUAGUGAUUGUCAAAAGUAUACGUCAUGUCAGCCUGCCCUAGAUCUACUAGCAACAAGAAGAGAUGACGACAGUAAAUUAAAAUUUCAAAAAGCAUAUUGCGGUUUCGAUGAGAAAGAACAAUUGUAUAUGGUAUGCUGCUCGGAUUUUUCGAAUGGGAUUCAGGCAAGCCUAAGCGAUAGGAGCGGCGCUGCCCUAGACAAUACGGAGAAACUAAAAUUAUUGCCCGAGGUGUGCGGCGAUAUUGAAGGAAAUCGUAUCGUCGGUGGAUCAGUAGCUAACCUCUACGAAUUCCCCUGGAUGGCCCUCAUUUCCUAUAACACGCGUUUUGGCCUUCAAUUUAAAUGCAGUGGUUCUAUAAUAAACAAACGGUACAUCCUAACCGCGGCUCACUGUGUGCAAGGAGAAGACAUCGCGGGUGUUCGCCUCGGCGAGUUUGACGUCCGCUACCGAACAGAUUGUAUGGGACAAGAUCCAAACUUAAUUUGUGAAACGCAUCUACAGGAUGUAGGUGUCGAGGAAAAAAUCAUACAUGAAAAUUAUCAAACAUUACCGUGGGUUAAUAACGACAUUGCCUUAUUACGACUUUGGGAGGACAUUGACUUUAAUCAUCAAAAUGUUGGCCCGAUAUGCCUUCCGGUGACUGAAACUCUGAAGAAUACGUCGUUGAGUGGGAAAAAGGCUACUGUGGCUGGUUGGGGUCUCACUGAGACAGGCCGGGAGUCGUCCGUGCUAUUGAAGGUGCAAAUACACAUCAAAAGCAAACAAACGUGUCUCAGUUUCUAUAACAGGAGAGCAAACGAAAACGAAGACAGAACCCAGAAUCAACUAUGCGCAGGUGACCUCAACAAGGAUUCCUGUAAUGGUGACUCAGGCGGUCCUCUUAUGUUGGAACAACUAUAUAAUGACGUGGAUCGAUUUAUUCAAUUUGGUGUGGUUUCGCAUGGACCAAAGAAAUGUGGAUCGAGCUUUCCAGGAGUAUACACAGACGUUAGAAACUACGUAGACUGGAUUUUGGAAAAGAUAAAGCCUUAAUAUAUGUAAUAAUAAUAUCGGUUAAUGGGCCAUAUUGAUAUCUCCAAGGUAUAACAUGCUGUUUGUUGAUAUAACAUGCUGUUUGUUGUGUCUAGUUUGGGGACCAAUCUACCGUUUAUAUGUUGUAUUGAAUAUGCCCAAUGCACGAUACUAUUAUUAUCAUACAGAUCAAAUUUAUUUAUCAGUAAAUUAAUAAACUAUUUCGUUGUAA